CCGGAAGCAGCUUCCGACCGGGCGCUUUCCCGGCAUCUUCCGGAAAACGCGGGGUCGCUCUUCCCCGUCGGGAGUCCAAAUGUCUGCAAAAUUGAGAAAGUCCUCGCUCCAUCCACAACCUUCAGAGCAGUCUGACAGCAUUGUGAUAGUGAAGAUGGAAGAGGAAGAGCAGAUCUGUGAUCUGGACUCCAGCCUCCCCUGGAGCACCUCCUGCAGCCCAGAGACCUUCCACCAGCAGUUCAGGCACUUUGGCUACCAGGAGUCCCCUGGGCCCCGGGAGGCUCUGAACCGGCUCCGGGAGCUUUGCCAUCAGUGGCUGAGGCCCGAGGUGAACUCCAAGGAGCAGAUCCUGGAGCUGCUGGUGCUGGAGCAGUUCCUGGCCAUCCUGCCUGAGGAGCUGCAGGCCUGGCUGCGAGAGCACCGGCCCGAGAACGGAGAGCAAGCCGUGACUAUGCUGGAGGAGCUGGAGAAAGAGCUUGACGGGCCAACUGAGCAGGUGUUUUUCGGACAAAAUGAGGACAUGCUUGCAGAGAAGUUGUCACCUUGGGAAAUUCAUCGGGAAUCACCAAAUAGCCAGAUCAAGCCCAUUAAGAAGCAGCUGCCAUUAACAUCACAGGAGUUUCACUCAAGACAAAAAGCUAAAGAGAGCAAAACUAUCAAUGUGAAUUCAGCUUCGAGGCAAAAGACUCCUCCAACCAUAGAACUGCCUUACAAUAUUUCUGACACCCUUCAUAUGAAUGCUUCCCAGAGUUUCACGUAUAGAAGAGCUUGUGAACAAGAUAGUGGGUUUGAAAGAAAACAGAGAAACCCUUCUGGAAAAAAACAACAUAAGUGUGAUGAAUGUGGCAAAGUCUUCAGUCAGAGCUCAGCCCUUAUCCUACAUCAUAGAAUCCACAGCGGAGAGAAACCUUAUGCAUGUGAUGUGUGUGCAAAGGCUUUCAGCCGAAGUGCAGUCCUGAUUCAGCAUCGAAGAACUCACACUGGGGAAAAACCCUACAAGUGUCAUGAAUGUGGGAAAGCCUUUAGUCAAAGCUCAAAUCUUCUCAGACAUAGGAAAAGACACACUAAAGAAAAAGUCCCAUCAGGGUUGAACUCUGGGCUAUCCGAGGAGAGGCGCCAGGCCAAGCGCAGUCUCAAAGCGGUCAUUGUCGUCGCACCGCCCCUCCCCCGCCCGGAGCCCAUCUCCAUGGCAACGCGGGGCUUCGCCUCUCCCCGCCUCCUGGGACCCGCAGACCGGAAGCAGUCCGUGCCGGGGGCUUCUGGGAAACGGCUUGUGAGCGGCGUUUCUGCGUCUGCUUUGGACAGCGAAGCUGCUGCGGAUCCCGAGUCGGAGGAGACAGAAAAGAAGCCUGGCGGGAUCUUCCUCGGCUUGCCGGGAGGCGCGGACAGGCCGCUGUCUCCGUAUACAGCAGUUGGGGGGCUGGUAGAGGUAGAUGGAAAGCCAGAUUGGGCUUUCAGUACAAUCGGAGAGUCCUCCAUCCCCUGUGUCCUCCGCGACCCUCGCCUUUCCCCCCUCCCCCCUCGGCCGGUUUUGUUCUAUUUCGAGGCCUGGCGUCUCGCGGAGGGUUCUGGGACUCAUUUGGGGCGGAGGUGGGAGGGGGCGGGCCUUGCGCGGGGGCUGUCGGGGCUUGUAGUUCCGCCAGACGCGGGCGGAAGUACCGUGGCCCCGACGUUGUUGGGGCAGUGUGGCCUUCGGUCAUCCGAAAUCCGCCGAGGCCCCGACGUUGUUGGGGCAGUGUGGCCUUCCGUCAUCCGAAAUCCGCCGUUGCUAGUGCGGCGAAGAGGGGCUGGGGGACGUCGGGGCGGGGUUUGCAGCGGAACUCUGCUGGAGAUGUCUGCACAGUCCGUGGAAGAAGAUUCAAUACUUAUAAUCCCAACUCCAGAUGAAGAGGAAAAAAUACUGAGAGUGAAGUUGGAGGAGGAUCCUGAUGGCGAAGAGGGAUCGAGCAUCCCCUGGAACCAUCUUCCUGAUCCAGAGGUUUUCAGACAGCGAUUCAGGCAGUUUGGAUACCAGGAUUCACCUGGGCCCCGUGAAGCUGUGAGCCAGCUUCGAGAACUUUGCCGUCUAUGGCUCAGGCCAGAGACACACACAAAAGAACAAAUCUUGGAGCUGGUAGUGCUGGAGCAGUUUGUUGCCAUCCUGCCCAAGGAACUGCAGACCUGGGUUCGAGAGCAUCAUCCGGAGAACGGAGAGGAGGCAGUGACAGUGCUGGAGGAUUUAGAGAGUGAGCUAGAUGACCCUGGACAGCCGGUUUCUCUCCGUCGACGAAAACGGGAAGUUCUAGUAGAGGAGAUAGUAUCUCAAGAAGAAGCUCAGGGAUUACCAAAUUCUGAGCUGGAUGCUGUGGAGAACCAGCUCAAGUGGGCAUCCUGGGAGCUCCAUUCCUUAAGGCACUGUGCCUCCGCGCGGCGCGCCCGCCACCGAGCUGCAAAUAUGCAGUCCUCCCGGCUUCCUAGAGGGGUGCGCCCGCUCCCACUUCCGGCGCGCGCCGCCCGAGGCCGUUCUGCUCCCUCUUUGGGGUCUGUCCCGCAGCCCGCCGAGCGAAGGACACAGACUUUCAUUCCCUCCCUGCCUCAACUGAGCAGCAUUUUCAGACUGUCUCUGCCAAGAAUGUCAGGAAAAACUGCAGCCUUGGCCUACCAUGCUUCGAAAGAACAAGAAGGACUUAUAGUUGUGAAGGUUGAAGAAGAGAAUUAUGUUUGUGGGCAGGACUUUGGCCUUCAGGGAGACACCUGUGGCCUGGAGACCUUCCGCCAGCAGUUCAGGCACUUUGGUUACUCUGACUCCUCUGGGCCCCGGGAGGCUCUGAACCGGCUCCGGGAGCUUUGCCAUCAGUGGCUGAGGCCCGAGGUGAACUCCAAGGAGCAGAUCCUGGAGCUGCUGGUGCUGGAGCAGUUCCUGGCCAUCCUGCCUGAGGAGCUGCAGGCCUGGCUGCGAGAGCACCGGCCCGAGAACGGAGAGCAAGCCGUGACUAUGCUGGAGGAGCUGGAGAAAGAACUUGACGAACCAAGGCAACAGGACACGGCUCAUGGCCAAGGAAUGAUCUGGAAGGAAAUGACAUCCAUAGGAGCACUGAAGUCUCUGAGUAUACAGCUCCAGCCCUUGGAGAACCAGUGCAAGAGUGAGACUCAAGAGUCCCAGGCUUCCCAUGAGGGAGAUGGCAAGCCGGUGGGUGAUGAAGUAUUAACAACAAAGCAAGAAAUUUUUGAAUGUGUAGCAUCAGCAGCCAUGAUAUCCCCAGGAAGACUCCCUGGGGAGACUCCUUCAGGACAGAUAGUUGAAGAAGCUUUGGGAGGCCUGCACAUCUUUGAGAAGCCAAAAGGAGCAGUUGCAAGGAACCAAAUGAGUCAGCUCCCUUCUCAGGAAAGACAUCUUAGUCUGGCGGUCUUCAACAAGAAAAUCUCCACAGAAGAGAGUGUCCUUGGACGUAACGAAAGUGAAAGGACUCUCAGUGUGAACUCAAAUGUUGUAACACGACAGAGAGUUCACCCCGGGGGUAAGGUCUACGAGUGCUUGGACUGUGGGAAAGCCUUUUGCCAGAGCUCAAAGCUGAUUAGACAUCAGAGAAUUCAUACUGGAGAGAGGCCUUAUGCGUGUAAAGAGUGUGGCAAAGCUUUUAGUUUGAGUUCAGACCUUGUUAGACAUCAGAGAAUUCAUAGUGGUGAAAAACCCUAUGAAUGCUGUGAAUGUGGAAAAGCUUUCAGGGGCAGCUCAGAGCUCAUUAGGCAUCGGAGAAUUCACACUGGAGAGAAGCCUUAUGAAUGUGGUGAAUGUGGGAAAGCCUUCAGCCGGAGCUCAGCCCUCAUUCAGCAUAAGAAAAUUCACACUGGAGACAAAGGUUAUGAAUGUACUGAAUGUGGUAAGGCUUUUGGUAGAAGCUCUAUCCUUAUUGAACAUCAAAGAAUUCAUACUGGAGAAAAACCUUAUGAAUGUAAUGAAUGUGGAAAAUCCUUCAAUCAGAGCUCAGCCCUCACGCAGCACCAGAGAAUCCAUACUGGGGAGAAGCCUUACGAAUGUAAUGAAUGUAGGAAAACAUUUAGGCAUAGGUCAGGCCUUAUGCAGCACCAGAGAACUCACACCAGAGUUUAAGUCUUGGGUAAGAGUUGUAUACUUGUGUCAUACUAGGGAUUCGCUUUGGGGUGAGACUGCACGAAAGUUAGACGUUUCCUAAGAGCAGAGUUUCUGCCCUUCCUGAGUCAGUACUUACUGUACGAGCAGAUCCACACAAAUAUGGUUGUUGACGUGUUGAAUGAGCACUUACACAGUAAGGCCAGGAUUGGGGCAGAGAUCUUGAAAGAGCUUCUUACAUGAUGGACUGAAAGGUGGUGCUUUCAAUGGCAAGGAUCUCUGCCCAGCAAGAACAUCGUGCAUUUGGCAGUUGGAGGCAUGUGCUGAGAGUCAUUCGGUUCUCUGAGGUGUUGAAUUGUGAGGUUGUGAAAUGUUGAAUUCUGUCCUGGGUCAGUUUAUAGCUCAUUCUGCCCCCUUGCCAGUUCUCUCCUCAGCCCUGAGCUUCCAGAGGUCAGUUGAGGUUUGUUUAUUUAUUGAGCACCUGCUAUGUGCCAGCCAUCAGGGGCAGACAUGACCAUUGCCCUCCCAGAGUUAAGGGCUAAUGGGAUACAUAUAUAUUUAUUAAACAGGUAAUUACAGUAAAGUGUGAUAAGUUCUUUGGUAGGAUAAAUCUUGGAUUCUGUCAAAAUACCAGGGGGGCGUCUAACCUGGUUUAGGAGUCACUUAAGCUUCCUGGAGGUGAUGAAAUCUCUGUUGAGGAAUAAAGGGUGUGUACAAAUUAGGCAGAUCAAGGCAAGAGGGAAGAGAAUAUUAUAGGCAAAGGUUA